AAGAAAAAGAAGUAAAAACAUACCGGAGAAACUACUGCGAGAAAAACUGAAAUUAGCCACGAAUUUCGUUGCAAAUCCGCGGCUAAAUUGCUCAUAGAUAAUAAUAGGUUUUGAUAAUCCAUCAUUAAAUAGAAUUAGUGACCGUUUUUGCUGUUAUAAGCUAGAAUUUGUCCGUAACUAAUUCUUGGAUUUUUAGUUGUUUCGAAACAUGGGAGAUUCUUUCAAGCUUCCAACUUUAGAUUUCUGCCAGGUAGAGCUAAAACCAGGAACACUUGAAUGGUAUUCAUUGAGAGAUGAAGUUUUCAAAGCCUUGCAAGAAUAUGGCUGUUUUGAGGUUUUGUUUGAUAAGGUUCAACCAAAAGUCUUACAUGAAGAGAUGAAAGAGAUUUUCAACUUACCAUUAGAAUUAAAAAUGAGUAGAUCUUCUACCAUGUUUGGUUACCUUGGCCAAAAUCCAGCAUUACCUCUCUAUGAGAGAUUGACAAUUCAGGAUGUUCUUUCUCCUGGAGUUGCUGAAAAAUUUGCUAAUCUUUUCUGGCCAAAUGGGAAACCUACAUUUUGGUAUGUUAAGUUGAUACCAUAUUCUUUAAAUUCUUUUUUAAUGUUAGGAUACUGACUCUGUUUGAUCGUGUUUCUUUUAUAAUGAGGGGAAACUUGACAUUUCAAAAGUUAAAAUUUAGGAAAUUAUGGGACUUAAAAUAUGAUUUCUAAUCAAUUGGUAAAAUUCGAUAGUAUAUUUUUUUGAAAUUAAGCUUAAAACUAUAUUUAUUUAUCUUGUUUUUUGAAGUUAAGUUUACCAAUAUAUUGAUUUAUCCCUACACUCAACCUUUAUGUUUUUCAACCCAAGCCUUGUUACAAAGUAGGUAUUUCAGUUGUGUCUCAUGAAACUUACUUCUUUUAUAAUUUUUUGUCGAAUUCACAGCGUUAUGGUACAUUCCUUCUCAAAGCAAUUAUCAAUGUUAGAAAAGACAAUAAGAAGAAUGGUUGUGGAGAGUUUGGGGUUGGAGAAGUACAUUGAGGAGCAGAAUGAAUCAUCAAACUAUGUACUCAUUGUCAACAAGUAUAGAAAACCUACAAGGGAUGAGAGUGGAAUUGGAUUGGC